AUGACCGGACCCUUCCCCGUCCCGAACCCGACGGUCCCGUACUGGCGGACGGAGCUGCACGCGCUCGACUCUCACCGCAGCACGCCGGAGCUGCCCCAGGAGCAGGACAUCGUCAUCAUCGGUGCCGGGUUCGCCGGUGCCGCCCUGGCACACUACUUGCUCAAGGACGAGGACGGGGACGACGGCGACAGCGAGACACCCCGGGCUCCGAGGCCGAGGCCGAGGCCGAGCGUAACCAUCUUAGAGGCCCGCGAGGCCUGCUCCGGCGCGAGCUCUAGGCACGGCGGACAACUGCGGCCGGACCUCUUCGUCGGCGUGGCGCGGCGGAUGCAGGCGCGGGGUCUCGCGACGGCGCACGAGGUAGCAGCGUUCGAGGUGGCCAACGCGCGGGCGGUGGCGGCGCUGGUGGCGGACGAGCGCGUCGACUGCGACCUGCGGGCGGUGACGGCGGGCGACGUGUUCGUGGACGCGGGGGAGGCGGCGCGGGCGGCGCAGCUGUGGGACGCGCUGUCGCGGCUGCGCAGCGACGGCAGCGGCGGCGGCGGCGCCCCGCUGCUGCCGGACGUGGUCGCGCACCUCGACCCCGCCGCCGCCGAGGCCGCGUCCGGCGUGCGCGGCGCCCGCGCCGCCUUCACCUACCCGGCCGCCACCCUCGCCCCCUACAAGCUCGCCAUGCACCUGCUCGCCGCGGCGGUAGCGCGCGGCGCCAACCUCCAGACGCGCACCCCCGUCGACGCCGUCGACGGCCCCGACGCCCGCGGCCGCUGGACCCUGUCGACCGCCCGCGGGCCCACCCGCGCGCGCCACGUCCUCUUCGCCACCGGCGCCUACCUCGCCGGCCUGCUGCCCGAGUACGCCGACGCCGUGUGCGCGGCGCGCGGCGCCGCGUGCCGGGUCGUCGUUUCCCCCCCCGCGUCUCCGCCGCCGCUCGCGCUGGGCGCGUGUACGCUCGACGCGCCGUGCGCCGGGGCAGCGGCGGCGGCGGCGGCAGGCGACGCGGCCUACGCGGUGCGCGCGCCGGACGGCAGCCUGGUGCUGGGCGGCGGCGCGGGGCGCGCGUUCGCGGCGCCGCCCGCGCUCUGGCACCGCAACUACGACGACGCGACGCUGAUGGCGCCGGCGACGCGGCACUUCGGCGGCUGGGCGGCGCGUACGCUGCUCGGGUGGGAGGCGGUGCCGGCGCGCGUGGACAGCGAGUGGACCGGCGUCGUGGGCUGCUCCGCCGACGGCGCGCCCCACGUCGGCCCCGUGCCCGGCCGCCCGGGGCUGCACGUCUGCGCCGGGUUCGACGGCGGCGGCCUGCCCAACGCCCUGCUCUGCGCCCGCGGCCUCGCCCGCAUCGUCCGCGACGGCGCCCCUUUCGCCGACGCAGGCGUCCCCGCCUGCUACGAGACCACCGCCGAGCGCCUCCGGCAGAUAUCGGAGGCGGAGGCGGCGGCGGAGGCGGCGACGGCGGGCCGCGCGCGGGCGGAUGUUUAUCUCAAGUUCUGA